AUGGCAGACUUCUUGGGCAGGCCCUCGGACGGCGACUCCCCCUUCGCCAUCGGCAACAGAGCCAUGCGCGACGUCUCCUCCCCCCAGCCGCCCCAGCAGAAGAAUCCCCUCCCGAGGGGGGCCGCUGUACCGGGUAUGGCGCCGGGCCAGGUGUUUGGGGGACCGUCGCCCCAUGGCCAGGGGUAUGGCCCGCAGCAGCAACAGCAACAGGCGGGAGGGGGAGGGGGGAGGGGGUAUGCGCCGCCGAUCCAGACGGGUGGACCUGGCUUCGGGCAUGGGGGACAAGGUAUGGCUAGUCCUCGUAACGGCAACUUGCAACAACAAGCCUACUCUGCUCAGGGGCAUAACCAGCAAGGCUAUGCUUCUGCUUCUGCUUCUGCUUUUCAGCCCCAGUCCCAGCGACAACAGCAAGGGUAUAACCCCCCGCCGAGGGGGUACACCUCCACGCCGCCUCAGCAGCAGCAGCAGGGGUAUCAAAACCAACAAAACCAACAACAACAACAACCCUACAACCCCCGCCCGGCCUACCCAGCCCAACAAGCCCAAUCCCAAGCACCUCUCCGAGGCCAGGGGUACAACCCCAACCCCAACCUCAGCCCUCGUUCACCCAUCUCCUCCGGCCCCCCGCAGUCCCAGUCCCAGUCUCAGGGGUUCUACGCUCAUCAACCCCCUCAGCAACAACAUCAACAUCAACAACAGCAGCAACAGCAGCAGUAUGGCAGUGCGCAGAACCAACCGACGUACGCCUCCACAAGAGAAAGGCAUUCCCACCAAGCCCAGCAAGGCCAGUGGUCUCAAGCGCAGGUACAGGCGACGUCGCCGCCGCCGCCGCCUGGGCCAGCUACGUCGGGGGAUGAUGUCGAGUUGCGUAAUAUGUUCAACGCGUUCGACUCGACGCGCACUGGUCAGCUAGGUGGGGGUGAUCUGCAGAGACUGUUGGCGAGGGAUGCUACGAUGGACGCUAGGGAGGAUAGUGUGAAGAUGCUUAUGAAUAUUUUCGAUACGGACCGAAGCGGGUCGAUCAAUUUUCAAGAGUUUGAGGGGUUGUAUCGAUAUAUCCAAGACUGGCACGGCAUAUUCCGCCGCUUCGACACGGACGCCUCGGGCCUCAUCGACCGUUCCGAGCUGCACGCUGCCCUGCUCGGCUUUGGCUUCUCCCUCCCGCCAGAGAUGGUUGAUAAGAUCGAAGAGCGUUUUGGGCCUCCCCCCACCCCCGCCCCCGCCGGUCCUGCCGGUGGAAGGCAGGUGGAGGGCGAUGGGAUAAGCUUUGAUAGGUUUUUGAUGGCGUGCGUGACGGUGAAACAUUAUAGUGAGGGGUUCAGGGCUGUGGAUGUUGGGAAUGAGGGGAGGGUUACUAUGGAUUAUAACAAGUUUAUGGAGAUGAUCCUCGACGCUCCUAGCUAG